AUGGAUUUCAUCAAGACCAGUUCCCUGCGUGCUCUGAUUGAGUUAACUUUCCAACGCAACUGGAACGGCCUAAUUUGGAUGAGUAGAAAAGGAGUUAUAACCAAAAGAGUGAAGACUGUCCAGACGGCUCUAUCGAGAAUCAGCGCCCAACCGCGCAGUCCGGCUGGCCGAGAAACUAUUGUUUCGCGCUCGGCCAAAGUCAUAUCCGUCCGUCUGAAGUCUCGGCCAAAGUUGAAACCGACCGGCCGAUCACGCAACACGACCCGGGAAACAUUGUCCCGCGGUCGGCCAAGCUCCAAAGCUCCACGCCGCCGCGCACGACCAUGCCGCGCGAGCCGGGGAACAAGGCCUCGCGGCCGCGCAACCCGUUUCGCGUACCACGGCCGAUGCAUCCGUCCGAGCCGGGAAAGAACGUCCCACGUCCGGCCGAGAAACCAUCGGCCAAAUCUUCGUCCGCCGACCAGCGGCCGACCGUGA